GUGUAUAUGGCUUGUAUGCGGGAAGCAUUAGACUGUGUGCAGGGAGUUAUACUUUGGGAUUUAUAAUUUUUGGGACAGUCACAUUACAUGACUCACCAACUGCUUUAUUUCUGUCUUGUACUUAGAUUCUUAGACUGAAAAUGAAAGCAGCUGGUGUAAGAUCAUUUGGGUUUAUAGCGACAUCUCCUGGUGAAAGUGGCGUUCUGUACCAUCAGCCAGUACGUGAACCCGUUUUUGUCAUGCCAUGCCAGUUGAUGUUGGUACUACGAAGAGCCGUGGUGUGCAACACGUGAGACGUUGAGGGUGAUCCUUCAUAUCAUGGUCUAGUGGGCUUGUUGAAUAAUUUGACGUCAGUAACUAACGAAUGUACGGAAGACAUUACUUUUUUUUUUUACAAGCAGCACCGAGGGACGAAGCCGUUCAUUUGUAGAUUAAAAGACACAUCUGCGCCGAAAAUAAAUAUAUGAUGAAUUCUUGGUGUACUGUUUGACCUCUUGUAACAAAAAGUCGGAGGUUUUAUAAGGAGCACGUGAAGGCAACGUUUGUACGUCUGCGUUUCCAUGGUUGCGUUGCUGUAGACUACCGGGAGGCAAACAGUCACUCUAUUCCUCCACGUCUGUAUGGGACGUACAGCUGCUGGACAAUUAUCAUUUACUUUAUAAAGAAACAUGGAAAGAUGUCUCUAGUUUUGAAGACUGAGCAAGUGAGGCGUCCUUCUCUGAGACAGCCAGUUCUGGCCAGCCAGUGGGACUCUGUUGAGUCCGACACCGAGAGCAUGGCGCACGAGAGGGCGCACCAGCAGCAGCAACAAAUGCAUACCGGCCACCAUGAGCAAAAGAAAUGCACACUGCCUCAAAAUGAGAAUGCCGACCGCUUACAGCAGGUAGAUGACAAUGCAUGCAAUGAUGAUGAAGCGGAGCAUCAUCAGGUUUAUGAUAGCCUUGAUGCCAAACGGACACCCACCCUAUUGCAGACAGAAUAUUUGGACACCCAAAUGGACGAACGAGAGGGAACAAGCCAGCUGCCCUCUGGCGAUGCCUAUUCUGACCUACGCUAUGACCCGAACUGGAGGACCAACCUGAGGGGAGCCGGCCGCUUCAACAAGAAUCCACACGUUUCUGUUGAGGACUAUUACCAGGUCCCAAAAGAGAAACCUGGUCAGUCACGUGGUGACAGCCAAGGACCCGUAAUAAAGGGAGGUUACAGAUACAUCGUCAACACAAGUCCAGCUGUUGCAGUGACUGCUGAUACGGCUGGCAAUGAGCCUGACCAGCCGUACCACCUCCACCCACAAGAUGAUCAGACCGGCGCAGUAACAUCUCCCCACAGUCACAACCACGCCUUACAACCUCAAUCACCAGAGGAGGACCAUUCAAAGCCAUCCUGCAGUGUCACUAAAAAUGACGGUGACAAAAGUUUACCGAUGGGAUUCAGAGAGAAGUGUGUGAGGAGUUGUGACAUCCAAAACUUGAAGACCCUCUUCCUGCAAGAACUGGGAGGUACUCACGGGGGACCCACUCAAAUACAGCAAAUGAGCACAUUUCCCAUUGUUUUAUUCAACAAAAUGUCAGAGGAUAUAGUGGAACGCAACAAAACAACCCUGGGACGCAAAACGUCCCAAUGUGGCUCCUAUGCCAGUGUGUAUGGACGUAAGCAGGAGAUGCCUCAUAAUAGCAAUAAGGUGCAUGCAACUCCCAAGGAGACGGAAAGUCAAAAGGACAGUUCAGAUCCCGAGCUGAAGACACAACAGUUGAGGAUCAGUGAAAGGAAGAAAGCCCAGCGGAAAGAAUACCACCACCCCCCUCGACCGCGGCAGCAGCCUCCUGCCCUGGAGGUCAAGGCUGAGUGGGGAGACUGUCUGAGCUCUACAUUGGCAGGACCAGCCGCCGUAACUCAGCCAAACCCCCAGAAGACGACUCCAUCGGAGCCUUUGCGCGCCACGAUCCAUGUCAACAUCAACCUCAACACUUCUUCCCAUCUCCUUCCGUUAAUCCAGCAGAGAGGCCAGGAUGAGAUCAUCAAUUUAGCAUCUCUUCAUGGUUGUCCACAUUGGAGGCCUGCAUCUGAAGAUGAACUUGCCUUGUCCCCUGGAUGUCAACAAACAAAUCCAGGAGUGUCCUCCCAGAUGUCUUGGAAAGGGGUAAACGCACAUCUGCACCAUCGAGGCCUGGAGGGUUACUUGGAACAACGGCAAAGGGCAACUGCAUUAAAGUGGCCAAUAGUCUGUGAAGGGGACGACCAGGAUUGUCCGCAUGAGGUUCACGGGAAGGAAUUUCCACAAAGCCUCCCCAGGACACCCACCACCACUUUGUCACUGGGCUCUGGCUCCUACCCAGUUCUGCCGGCUAUAGAAAAGUCAAUGACAGGAAAAGAGCCUGAGCUGAGCCCUGGUGUGAACAGAAGCAGCUCUAACGGCUACCUGGUUCAGAUGGAGAACCAGAAGCAACUGAGGGCGAGAGUCACCUACAAGGCAUACAGUCUUAAAAGCUACAAGCAGCUGAAGUCAGAUAUGAAUCUGCGAGGCCUGGGUCCUGACUACACAGCCAUAGAAGAAACAGCUGAGAAACUGAAACGACAGAAGCUGUAUUCAAAUGUGAUCCGCGAGCAGAACAAAAAGAUAAGUAGGAUUCCCUUUCUCCUGGCCAAGGACCCGGAAGGCAGUGACAAGAAAGUUCCCAGAGUGAAGGCCUUGGAAUAUGCCAAGACCAUAGCCAAACCCCCUGUACAGUCUCAACCACAACAGAGACAGAAACAUUGGGCCAAAGGCUUCACUGAGCACGCUUCUUACUUGGACGUCUCCCAGCUGGCGACACUGGACGUCCUUAGGAAACGUCAUGAAGAAGAAAAGCAGGCCGUGGCGCUCUUCAGAAAAGUACCUGCUGUCUGAGGCAAGGUGCACGUCCUGUAAACAGUCCAUGGAUCCCAUGCCUCAUUCAAGUUGUUAGGCCCAUAGUGUCACAUCAUUCCCACAUACGUUGUCAAUUCUUUUUUAAUAGUAGUUGCGAAAGAAUGAAGUAAUAUUAAAGAUCUCUGGGAAGACUGGCAGCAUCAGCUAGCAUCUGUGUUACUUUUAACAUUGUGUCACCAGGAGAGAUUUGACAAGAAAUGCAUCAAAUGAAUCAUUUCUAGUGUUUGUUUUAACCAUUAAUGCUUGAGAUGAUUACAAUAGUCAUUUUGAAGUUUAAUUUGUUUCUGGAGGCACCAAGACAGAUUACAAAAAGAGGAAUUCACUUCUGAGAUCCUAACAUCUGGAGGUGUACUUUAAAAAAGAAAUGAGCAGUUUUAUGGACUCACACUGUAUCUAAGAUUUUUAUUUUGACACUUAAAGGAACUGCAGUUUAAAGCAUUUGGGCAUUUGCUUCACUACUCAGCUGUAGCCACAGGCUCCUCCUUACUUCUGAAUAGGCUGCAGCAAAAAACACCACUCUUCCCUUUCAUUUGAAUGUGUGUGUUGGCUACCGCAGAAGAUCAACACAAAUAAAACAUCAGUGGCGAAAAGUUGAAACGGAAUCAUCUUUUGAAUAAAGUAAUGGUCCAUUAAAAUGAAAUGGGUCAAUCAAACGGGUGUCAUCAAAUGGGUUGACUUUGAGCUCAUGGCCUGAUUUGAAGUGAAUGCAACCUUCUUGGCAGUGUUGCAAUGUCUGCAUCAUGUCUGCAGCGUAGGACAUGGAUAGUUGAAGUUUGAAUAAGAUGGUGGUAGCAGCGUGAUAACACUAAUGCUCCUGUCAGGCAUGAUCUUUGAGUAAUCAAGUUCAAUGACAUUCUCUCACCGAGUGUGCACCUGUCGGAAAUGGUGACAAUGUGGCAUAAUCCAAAAUAUAGCAUUUUUAUAUUAUCUUGAUAUUGACUUCUCUGUAGAAGUACAUUUCUGUUUGCCUGAGGUAGGCUGAAUAGGAAGUUACUCGAUUUCUGAGAAGCUGCAUGUCAGUGAAAAUACACACACUCCAAGAGCAGCAUGCACUUCCUAAAUAGCAGAAAUGAACCGUUGCACUGGGGACGUCCAACUUGUUGCUCCUGAAGCGUGAGAACAUGAAUGAUGAAGCAUGGUGUAGUUCUAAUCAAACCUUCCUGUUGCUGUAAAUAUAUAUUUACACACAGGAACCACCCUAUCACCUAUCAUAAACAGUAAAGAUUAGAUUUGAGUACUUAUGCAAUAUUAUCGGACAUAACUGUAUGUCUCAAUAGUCCGAUAUUUAACAGCGUCUCUCCGAACGCCACUGAAGACCUACUGGCCUUAAUGCAAUAAAGUGGUUGUUGUAUGUCACACAAAGCCUUUUUUCAUUUUUAUAAUUCAGACCUCCUCCAACUAUCCCACAGCACUGGCUAAUGCCCACACUCUAUUUUUCAUUUUAUCCCCAUAUUGUUGUUUUGGCCAGUUGGUCUUCUCUCGGCUCAUUACACACUGUUUAAUUUGGAAUAUUGCACACGCCCUUUGUUGUGGGUCACAGUCUUCCCUUUACCGAAAAGCAAACCUGCUCCAAUGAAGACGACACUUUGAAGCUCCCCUGAUUUGCUCGCAGUCCCGCGUUUUGUAGCCUAACUCCUCCCUCACACAAAACACUCUCAAGCAGCUCAUUUUACUAAUUGAACCCUCAGAUCAUUAUCAAAGCACUAUUUACCUCUGUGCAAUAUUUUAAUGAGAUUAUAGUCUCUAUUUAACCCAUCAUGGACUCUUUGAAGCCCUGUGUUUUUAGUGUUAAGUCCUCACAUGCAUGGUUGGAAACAAAUGACGGAGCCCUUUUUAAUUUAAUGAGAAACGCCGCCUAUCUAGACUGAGUCUCUUUGCUUCUUUUUUGAGUCCCACCUACUCAUUUUUUUCCAUUGAAAUCCAGUUAAUUGAAAGAGUCUCUCGCCGCUAUAUAUGAAGGGGGCCAAAUUAGCAUCCCUUUCUGCCCAUUGGGAAGCGAAGGCAAACGUGGAGGCUUUGAUGUGAGAAGCACGCUUUCAGUAGGCGGCAGGCUUCCUGAAAAUGAGCUGAUGGCCCUGCUAUUAGGUCCAAAUGCAGAUGCGUCCAAUGUGUUGCAAAACGCUUAAUCUUUUAAUUGAUCACCUUCUGCAUGGCCUGUUCUCCACGUAGUUCUUUCCCCCCCACUGCAUGUUAAUCACAAUCACAUUUUGAAGAUGGCAUGAAUUGAGAGAGGAUUGCAUGUUGUUGUGCAAAUGCCCAUGAGAUGCAGCUUGUGGUAAAACAAAUGAAUACAUGUAAUAUAGGGCUGUUUUAAGAUUGUUAUAUGUGUGUGGCUCGCGUGUCAUCAAAUUAAUAAUUAUUAACUUUAUUACCCUUCAUGCCUCCAUUGUUAUCACAGUAAUAAUUGGACAUUAA